CUUCGACAAACCAAUGUGGUUACAUAUUCUGUUAAUACUUCUGAUCACUAUCUAAUAAAACAACAUGCAUAUAGAGCAUCACCAAAAGAAUAUGAACAUAUUAAAAAAGAAAUAAAGUCUAUAGAAAAAGAAG